AUGGACCAACAUUCUGCCUUGCAUUUCGACAAUUCUGAACCAAAAGCCCAACAAAUGUGUUCUACUUUUACACCAUGUACAAAUGAAGAUUUCAAUGGCGAUACAGAAUGUGACUCUGACAUAGAUCCUUUCGCAAAUCAUCAAUCUGACGAUGACUCCAAUUAUGAUUUUGAGGAAUACCAUGCACCUUUUUCUAUUAAUGGGAAUUCUCAAACAUCGUCUGAAGAAUAUUACGACAUUGGUGAUCCAUUAGUUGAGUGUCGUUAUUGUAAAGCCAUGAUGUGGUAUCAAGAGAGAAUGAACAAAAGUUCUCAUUCAGCCAAUCCCAAAUUUUCAUUGUGUUGUGGCAACGGAAAGGUCGAACUACCGUUACUCAAACAACCCCCUCCUUUACUAGCACAUCUCCUUUUUGAUGAAGAUAUAGUUAGCAGAAAGUUUCAACAACAAAUUCGCAUUUAUAACAUGAUGUUUUCCUUCACAUCACCAGGUGCAAAGUUGGAUAACCGUUUUAACAAUGGAGGUGGACCACCCACUUUGCAAAUUCAAGGUCAAUCAUGUCAUCGUAUUGGAAGUUUGCUUCCACCAGAAGGUUAA